GCCGGCAGCGUCCUUGCGGCAGGAAGAUGCCCGGGGAGGUGCCGCCGCCGGCGCCCCGGGGGCUGCGGAGCCUCCCGCUGCUGCUGCUGCUGCUGCUCAGCGCCCGCGCCGCGCUGGCUCAGCGCUGGCGCAAUGAGAACUUCGAGCGGCCCGUGGACCUGGAGGGCUCCGGGGACGACGACCCCUUUGGGGAGGAUGAGCUGGAUGACAUCUACUCCGGCUCUGGCUCGGGGUAUUUCGAGCCAGAGCCGGGGCUGGACACGGCCGUGAGCCUGACCACGGAUACGCUGGUGACGCUGCCCACCACGGCGGCCGUGCUGCCCGUCACCGCUGCCCAGCCCAUGGCAACGCCCCUGGAGCCGUCCCCCACAGCCCAGGACACCACCCCCGGGCAGGCCACCAGCGCCUUCCUCAUCCCCAGGACCACAGAAGCACCGGUGGUGCCCAGCUGGAAAACCACAACUGCCACCAGCACCACGGCCAGCGAGCCCCCAACCACCACGGCCACCACCACCACGACCACCAUGGCCACCACCACCACCACAGCCACCACCACCACCACGGAGGCCACCACGACCACAAGCAGCACCACCGUGGCCACGGCCAAGCCCACCACCAUCCGGAGGUUCCUGCCCCCCUUGGCCACCAAGGCGGCCACCACACGGACCCCCACCACCCUGGAGACCCCCACCACGCCUGUCCCCGAGACCAGCACGCCGACAGAGGUGGCCACGUCACGCCCUGUCCCCACCAGCACGGCCAGGCCCAGGGCCCUGCCAAAGCCCAGCACCUCGAGGACUGCAGAGCUCCCCGAGAAAAGCACGGCCUUGCCGCCCACGGCCACCACGCUGCCGCCCACUGAGGCCCCCCAGAUGGAGCCAGGGGAGGUGACAACAGCCCCCGACAAGGAGCCGGAGGUGCCGGCCAGCAGCGGCCCCAGCGGGGACUUCGAGAUCCGGGAGGAGGAGGAGACGACUCGUCCCGACCUCGGGAAUGAGGUGGUGGCUGUGGUGACACCACCAGCAGGGCCGGGGCCUGGCAGGAACGUGGAGACGGGGCUGUUGGACAACACGAUAGACUCGGGCAACUCGGCUGCUCAGCUGCCCCAGAAAAACAUCCUGGAGAGGAAAGAGGUGUUGAUAGCGGUGAUCGUGGGUGGCGUGGUGGGCGCCCUUUUCGCCGCCUUCCUGGUGAUGCUGCUCAUCUACCGCAUGAAGAAGAAGGACGAGGGCAGCUACACCCUGGAGGAGCCCAAGCAGGCCAACGUCACCUACCAGAAGCCCGACAAGCAGGAGGAGUUCUACGCGUAGACGGAGUGCCCGGAGUGCCUCACGCUUCCUCCCUCCCUCCCUCCCCGCUCCAAACCCUCCUCCUCCUCUCCUCCAUCCAGUCUCUCUCUCCUCUCCCUCCUCUCUCUCUUUUUUUGGGAUCAGACUGUGAAUUUUUAAAAGCAAAACCCACAGCGGCUGAAGGAGGAAAUGCGUCCUUGGCAUGGGGGGCACGGGGUGCCCGGAGCAGUGCUGCGGUCGCACCGAGCGCUGCCAAGGUGACACCAAGCACCGCUGUGGUCACGUGGAGUGUGCCCAAGUCACAUCAAGCAGUGCCCAUGUCACGUCAAGGUGCUGCCAUCACACUGAGCACCCCAAGAUGACGCUGAGCACUGCUGAGGUGACACCGAGCAGCGCUGCGGUCACACGGAGUGCGUCCAGGUCACGUCAAGCAGUGCCAAGGUGACACCAAGCAGUGCCACGGACACACUGAGCAGCGCUGAGGUGACACUGAGCACCCCAAGGUGACACCGAGCACUGCUGAGGUGACACCGAGCAGCGCUGAGGUCACACGGAGUAUGCCCAAGUCACAUCAAGCAGUGCCCACGUCACAUCAAGCAGCGCUGCCGUCACACCAAGCAGCGCCAAGGUGACACUGAGCAGUACCACAGUUACACUGAGCAGUGCUGAGGUGACACUGAGCAGUGCUAUGGUCACACCGAGCGUGCCCAGUCACAUCAAGCAGUCAGUGCUGCCAUCACACCAAGCAGCACCAAGGUGACACCAAGCACUGCCAUGGUCAUACCGAGGGCGCCAUGGUCACACCAAGCAGUGCCAUGGUCAUACCGAGGGCGUCAUGGUCACACCAAGCAGCACCGAGGUGACACCAAGCACUGCCAUGGUCACACCAAGCUCCACCAAGGUCACACCAAGCAGCACUGAGGUGACACUGAGCGCACCUGGGUCACACUGAGCAGUGCCAAGGUCACAGCAAGCACCCUGAGGUGACACCAAGCACUGCCUGGGUCACAGUGAGCACCCUGAGGUGACACUGAGCAGCACCGUGGUGGCACUGAGCAGUGCCAAGGUGACCCUGAGCAGCACCGUGGUCACACUGAGCACCCUGAGGUGACACCGAGCACCGCUGGCCUUUCUGCUGGCGGGAGGGACGGGACAUGGAGCCGAUGCCAAGGAGCCGAUGCCAGGGCAGCCGUGCCCGGGAGUGCCCUGGAGAGCACGGGAUGGGCUGCCCACGGUGCCUGGAGCUCAAAUGGACUUUUCCCAACACCACCACCACGAACUCUGGGAUUCAGACCCCUCCUGCCAGCCCUGGGGCGCAGGGGGUUUGCUUUGGAUUUAUUGCCCUUAUUUUUCCGUCCAUAAAGGAAGGAGAUUUCCUUCCCUCUGUCUCGUCUUUAUUUUUUGGUUUUCCUUUGGAAUGGGGUUGGUUGCUCUGCAGGAAUCUCCUUCUGCUGGAAGAGAGAACGUGACUCUCCAACGCUCCUGGAACCUUGGGAAAAGCACAAGGGGCUGGAAUACCUGGGAUUUGCUCCUGGAGUGGGGAAAAAAGGAAAUAAAUACAAACGCUGGGAAUUAUCCCUUGGAUCAACAUUCUGGAGAACUUGUGGAGCUGCAUUGGGGCAUUCCAGGCUGCUGCCAUCCAACCACCCCUGGAAUCUCUUGGAUCCGCAUCUGGCUGAGGGGUUUGGCCAGGAAGGGACUUGUCUUGGGCUGGGUUUUCACUGUGACCACUAAAGCUCGGCUUUGCUGGACAUUCCUUGGGGAGGAGCUGGGACUGGAGAAUCUGAAUCCUGUGCCUGGCUCUUCCAGAGGGGAUAACAGAGCUCUGCAGGGCGUGGGAUGCAGCCUAAGGGAGGAAAUCCAAGCAGGGACCAUGCCUGUCCCCUCAGGGUCCCACGGAGGUGAGGAAGGGGAGGCAGAACCACAGCUGAGCCCCAGGGCUGGUUGGAUCAUUGCAAAGAUCCCCAAAUCGAUGGAAACACCCAGGAUUGAUGGUUUCCCUUUGUUUUUUGCAUCCCCAGGAUUGAUGGUUUUCCUUCACUGGUGUUUAAAUCCCUGCACAACCCACAGGGAUGGAGAGAACCCAACCCUGGCAACCCCAGGUGUCCCCUGCGAGGCUGCCCAGGGUACAGAUUAAUUAAUUAAGAUAUUUCAAUUAAGCUGUUUCAAUGAGGUGGCUCUUAAUUAGCUGGAGCCCCGUUUGUGGGGUUUUGCUGUCACAAUGGUCAUGAUCUUGAUGGGGUCCCAUGGAAACUUUUGAUUUGCUCUUGGAACAAUUUAAAUGGGAAAAUCUGGGGGAAAAUCAUUGCUUUGUGAAUUAACAGAGCCAGGGACACUUUGGCCCCUGAGGGGAUUGGGGGAUUUAGGGUUUCAUGGCCCUGGACAGAAGAGCUUCGUUGUGGAAGGGAUUUGAGGCCAGAAGAAUAUUUUGAAUAUAUAUAAAUACAUAUCUCCACUCCUGUACACCCACAGUAACACAGGUGUGGAAGGAAACGAAAUCCCUGGAAUUUCUCAGUGCACUAGGAUGCUUGGGUGGGAUUUGGAGCUGGGAAGUUGGGAGCUCUGGGCUGCUUUUCCCUGGGAUAUAACCCGAAAUGAUGACCUGGCUUUACUUCAGGAUAGGGAACAGAGACCCACAUGUGGGUCAGCUGCAAAUCCUCAUUUUUGAGCUGUCAGCCUCAAAAUCCUCAUGGUUUGGUUUCCUGGAGCUUGGAGAAGGCCCUGCUGGAUGUUUGGGGUGGUGCUGGGAGUGACCAUUUCCAUGUCCAUCCCAGAGGGAGGAUGAGGAUGAGGAUGAGGAUGAGGAUGAAGGACGAGGAUGCUCCAAAGGAGGGAGCACACUUGGAAGGAGCCUGGUGCCAACCCAGAGCAGCUUUGCUCCAGGGGGAGUUUGGACUCCUGGAUUUGAUGAUUUGGAGGAUUUUUCCCUGUUGGGAUCACACAAAGGGGAGUGGCACAAGUCAAGGUCAUCAAGGUCACCCAAAAUCCCCAUCUUUUGGGAAACCUGGAUUUAAUCUUCGGAGCUUGCUUAAAAAAAAAAAAAAUCCCUCCCAGCUUAAUCUUUUUAAUGCUGUUUUUCAGAGCUGCCUCCUUAAUCUUCUUCAUUCCAUUUUUCCCUCCUAUUUAAUAGUCUGAAGUUCCAUAAUACAAUUUUUUUACUCACUCAAGCUUAACCUCGUCCCUCUCAGCUGGUGUUAUGUUGUAAUCCCGGCACUUAAAUCCAUCACAGCUUCGGGAGUGAGGGAAGCCAGAGGUGGGAGGGUGAGAGGAGCCUGGGCAGGGCUUCUGCAGUAAUUAAAAUAUGAGAUAAACACAAUAAAAAAAGGUGAAGGCAACUAAACUGCUAAUCAGAAGUGAUGAAAUAAUUCAUUAUCUCCUGCUCCCACACUUUUGCUCUCCACCAGGAGAGGGAUGUGAGCUCCAGGAGAGUUUUUUUUUUGUUUUGGAGCCAAAUUUUGUGGUUGUGUAGUGAUGUCACAGCCUCUUGUGUCACCUCAGCUCCACGGGGGCUGUUGGAGUCGAUGUUUGAAGGGAACAAAAAAAGUCUUGUUCUGGAGGAUGUGACCCUGUGCCUCCCUCCAAGGAGCUGGGAUGGAGCUGAGUAUGGGCAGGACUUUUUGGGGAAGUCCAUCUCCCUCAAAAAUCCUGGAUAAAGCCAUUUGUCCAUGAGCAGAGCCACAGGGAUGGAUAAAAACCCAACCCGAGGGUCGGUGCCUGGUGCAGGUGGAGGCAGCUGCUCCCUCCUGCUCCAGGGUUUUCCAGGGAUUCCUGCUGGGAACAGGGAUGAGGAAGAGGAGAGGUGGUUUCACACAGGAGCUUCCAGCUUCCCCCAGAGCCAAUUUUUGGGAAAAUUAACUUCAGUGGGAGCAGAAGCAUCUCCAGCAUCUUCCUUUCCCAAAGCUGAGUCUGGCACCAUCCCCUCUGCCCAAAUUCCCAUCCCUCACCCUGAUCCCAGCCAGGAGCAGCUGGAGCAGUGCCCAGAUGUGCUGGUCCUUCCAGCUGUGCUCCCUGAGGGAUUUUCCAUGGUUUUUCUAUUUCUUUUCCGCCCAUUCCUGCGUGUGUGCGAUGUGCUGGAGCCGCAGGGAGAACCUUGACUGUUCCAGCUGGAUCAUUUUAGGAGUUUCUGGAGUUGCAGGGUGGUGUGGGCUGCUCUGCCAGCUGUGCCAGCCUUGGGGCUCUCCCUGCUGGAACUGCAGCAGGAAAUAAUGGAGAAAAUCCAGCAGAACAGCCAGGAACUCCUAGGCCUUUAUCCAAAGGGAAGGGAAGAGCACAGAGCCCAAACCAGGGCUGGAAUGGGGAGUUUGGGAAGGGCAGGACAUGGAAGGGGCCCAGCAGCAGCAGGACCCAGCUCUGGUUGGGUUUUGCAGGGUGGGAGUUGUACCUUUACUCCAAAAAUCUCUCUGAUCUUGGAUCUUUCCAUAAAAAGCACCAGGUGCCUGUGUUGGGAUGGAGCUGUCCCUUAGCUCCAAAACCUCUCUGAUUUUGGACCUUUCCAUAACGAGCCAUGCUGGGGGACCCAGCUGCAGAGAAGGGGAUGGGAUGGGGAUGGCUCAGGCCGGGUGACUGCCAGGAUGGGCUGGUUUGCCUCAAAUUGCCCCUCUCCCUCCUCCAUUCCCCAACAAUCCCUGUCUGGGAGUUCCUUUGCUCAUCUCCAGCUCCAGCAUUUCGAGCUCCCUGUGCUGUGAAUCCCCAGCUCAGAUCCUUCCACAGGAAGAAACCCACCAGCCAAGAACUGGAAUGGAUUUUUUAAUUCCCUUUUCCUCCCAUAACCCCCCUUGUCAUGACCUUUUCCGUGCUCCAAGGUUUUCUGCCAGGGUCUGAAGUAACUCUGAGCUUUCAAUCCAGACAAGUUUGGUGGGAAUGAGCUCCUUGGGAUCCCAGGAGUGGGGCUGGGCUGUGUGUGUAUAUAAUGUGUGUAUGUAAUUAAUGUAUAUGUUGAGAUGUAUAGAUGGGCAUGGGGCCAGGGGCUCUGCUCCUGAGCGGGAAAAGGAGGAGGAAAAAGAGGAAAAUAAGGAGGAAAAAGAGGAAAGGGAAGAUGAAAAAGAGGAAAAGGAGGAGGAUUUGUCCUCCAGCACCACAUGCUGGGCUCUGUAGCCCUUGGCCCCUGUCCCAAGGAAUGUGGGAUUCAGCCUCAUUCCCUGUCCCAAGGGAUGCAGGAGUCCCUGCCCAAGGGAUGUGGGAUUUCCUGUCCCAAGGAAUGUGGGAUUCAGCCUCGACUCCUGUCCUAAAGGAUUCGGGAUUCCCGCUAUUUCCCCAUCCCAAGGGAUUCAGGAUUUAGCCCUGGCCCCCUUUCCAAGGGAUGAGGGAUUCCCUGUCCCAAAGGGUGUGGGAUUCCCAUCAUUCCCUGUCCCAAGGGAUGCAGGAUUCUCUGUCCCAAAGGAUGUGGGAUUCAGCCUCAUUCCUUGUCCCAAGAGAUGUGGGAUUCAGACUUGGCCCCGCUCCCAAGGGAUGCAGGAUUCCCUGUCCCAAGGGAUGUGGGAUUCCACCUCUCCACUUCCUGCUGCUCCUCCCUCCCCUCCCUCCCCUUCACAUCCCAGUUCCAAUCCCGAUCCCAAUCCUGAACCCGGUCCUGAUCCCGAUCCCAGUCCCAAUCCCAGUUGCAAUCCCAAUCCCAGUCCCAAUCCUAAUCCCAGUCCCAGUCCCAGUCCCGAUCCCAGUCCCAAUUCCGAUCCCAAUCCCAGUCCCAAUCCCAAUUCCGAUCCCAAUCCCAGUCCCGAUCCCAAUCCCGAUCCCAGUCCCGAUCCCGAUCCCAAUCCCAGUCCCUAUCCCAAUCCCAAUCCCAAUUCCGAUCCCAAUCCUAAUCCCAGUCCCAAUUCCGAUCCAAGUCCCAAUCCCAGUCACAAUCCCAAUCCCAAUCCCAGUCCCGAUUCCGAUCCCAAUCCCAAUCCCAGUCCCGAUCCCAAUCCUGAUCCCGAUCCCAGUCCCGAUCCCAGUCCCGAUCCCAAUCCCAAUCCCAGUCCCGAUCCCAAUCCCAAUCCCGAUCCCAAUCCCGAUCCCAAUCCCAAUCCCAAUCCCAGUCCCGAUCCCAAUCCCAAUCCCGAUCCCAAUCCCAGUCCCGAUCCCAAUCCCAGUCCCGAUCCCAAUCCCAAUCCCGAUCCCAAUCCCAGUCCCGAUCCCAAUCCCAAUUCCGAUCCCAAUCCCGAUCCCAAUCCCAAUCCCAAUCCCAAUCCCAAUCCCAAUCCCGAUCCCAGUCCCGAUCCCAAUCCCAAUCCCAAUCCCAAUCCCGAUCCCGAUCCCAAUCCCAAUCCCGAUCCCAAUCCCGAUCCCAAUCCCAAUCCUGAUCCCAAUCCCAAUCCCAAUCCCGAUCCCAAUCCCAAUCCCAAUCCCAAUCCCGAUCCCAAUCCCGAUCCCAAUCCCAGUCCCGAUCCCAAUCCCAGUCCCGAUCCCAGUCCCAAUCCCAGUCCUGGUCUCGGUGGGUUGGGAUCCCCCAGGUGGGAUCAGGAGCCUUUUGCCGCUGCAGGGCCGGAGCAGAUCCGGGCUGGGAUCCCGGGGUGGAUCCAAAUCCCCGCAGGCUCCGGAGCCUCCCCCUUCUCUUAGAGGAGCCCCAGAGAGUCUGCAGAUCCCAACUUUUAUUUCUGUGUUUAUUUCCCCCAUUCUUUUGAUUUUUGGGUAAAAAUCCCCUGAUUUUUCACACUCCAGCACUUCUCCCAAGACCUCCAGGGCUCCAGGGGUUUUUCCUGCAGGAAUUGCCCCCGUUCAGGGUCCCCCCUGGCUGAAGUCACCCCAGCCCAGCUGACAAUCAAACCAGAUUUCCGAAAAACAGGAAUCCAUUGCAGUUUGAUAGAAAAACUUUUUAAAUUCCCCCCCGUCUCUCUCACCACCACAUCUCCAGGAUAAACCAUCACCCACUGCUCCUCCUGUAAAUAAACAUCCAACCUUCUUGUAUAAAUUAAAAAUAAAAUAAUUGUAAAAAAAAAGACAAAAAAAUUCCAUUGAUAAACAUCCCAAAAAUAAAAUUUUAAAAAAUCUCCCUUUCCAGAAGAUUGAAGUAAUUCCAACUUUUUUUUUGGAGCUGAUUUCCAAUCCCCAUAGGAGAACAAAACAACGAUCUGGAAAACUACAAAUGUUGGAGCUUUCAAUGAAUCCGGGAGGGAAAAAAAAUGCAUGUAAAUAUUUUUAAUAGGAGACAUAUCUUAAACAGAACUUUUUUUUGUAUGUACAUAACUCUCCUAGAGUUUAGUACUGAAAUGGCUUCAUAGUGUCUGUUUCGAAAAGGAAAGGAAAAGAAAAUGUUUGUUAAUUGUUUUUGUUCUUACUCAAUGGCCAAAACUUUAAAAAUAAUGACAAAAAAAAAAAAAAGACUCUAAAAAUAAUCUUUGCCAAUGGAUCUAGCACUGUAAUGGUACUGUCUAUUUUUUUUAAUUAUUUCUGUGCUGUGCCCAUUUAUAAAAUGAGGAAAAGAUAAAAAAUAAAGUCAUUUAAACAUUG